UGCCAGCUCAACUAGCAUUUGACUGCCUUAUGUCAGUACCAGUCGAUGUUGAGGGCGGCUUGAAAGAGAUUAAGGAGCUGGAAAGUUUUCUGCAGUUUCAAUCCACACUCAGAUACCUGAAAGAUGGUCGCUAUAUCAACAACGAAGUCAAAACACAUAACGAGCCUUUAAACCUGCUGGACCGCUUGGAUGAUAUAUCACAAUCGAUCAGAAACGGAGCGUAUCAAAACGACUUCGUAAUCCAGCUAGCUAUACCCAAUCUUUUCAGGAGCACCGGGGACUUUCACCUCCGCUUCCAACCAGACGUGCUUGAGAUCUUCCUCUUUGUCAGACCUGAAAGUCAACUCAUCUUUGUACCUAAAGACGGGGUUGCUCUACCCCAAUUAUACCUCCUCUCAGACUUGGAGGCUUCCAGGAACUCGCACUACUUCAUGCCCUUCCCACUGAAGACAAUCAACGGCAGGGACGCGUCUGAGUAUCUCGACUAG